GAUUGUUUAAAUUUAGAAAAACGUUCUAUGCUCAAAAUUUUAAGAUCACAUCAAAAAUUUGAAGAAGGGAAUAGGAAACAAGAUGGAAAAGAUAACACAUCUUGCGAUAUAUGUUAUUUAGCAUUGAAUUUAAAAAAAGAUGUUUAUCUUAGGUGUGCUCACUGCUUCUUGUAUUAUCAUGUUAUAUGUUUAAAAUUUAAUGAAAUAGAAUAUGAAAAUGCUAAACAAUAUUCUUGGUAUUGUCAUAAAUGUAAGAUAUGUUCUAUAUGCUACAAAGAAAAAAGCUCCAAGGCUGGAGCUUUGAUAUUAUGUGAUAAAUGUGAUAGAGCAUUUCACGAAAAAUGUUAUGAUCCACCUAUAAAAUGGAGCAAACGUUAUUGGACUUGUAUGCUUUGCAAAAAUCUUAAAAUUCAACUCUCACCUGUUUUAUUGCAUAAUCAGAAUAUAAAACUCAAUAAAUUAUGUGUUCAAGCUCCAAUGAAUAGAGAAAUUAUAGAUGAAGACGGUUUAGUUUAUCACACCCCUAGGACACGGUCUAAAAGUAGCUCCCCACCGCACAAACCUGCCUUUAGUCCUGAUAAUUUAUCGUUGUCACCACAAACUUUUAAUACGCUCAAUGGACCAAACUUUUUAAACUCUGACCAAAGAGUAGUUAAGAAAAUACAUAAGCGACAAAGAAUUAAGUACGAAGCUAGAGAUACUAGGGCAUCAAAAAAGCACACUUCUAACGAUGAUAAUAUUAACAUUGAAGACGAAGAAUUGUUAGAAGGAAAAAUUGGAGAUGCCCAUAUGGACAUCUCAAAUAUUAAUGAAUCAUCUCCUAAAGCCGAACUUAAGCCCAAAAGAAAAGUAGAAACAUUGUCUCCUCUUCGCGAUAAUAGCAAUAUUAAGAAGCCAACAUUUGAUAACGAUUUAAACUCAUCGAAAAUUGUCAAUGAUUGUUUCCGCAUUGAUCUGAUCCAAAUUGAAGGACUGACAACUCCAGAUAAUACUCUAUCUUGCAUAUACCCUAAACAACUGAUUGAAAAUUUACUUAAUAAGCAUUGCGAAUAUUUGUUGGGAUUGGCACUAAAACUGAACAAGGGGGCGUUUUACCUCGGAGAAGACGAUGUAGCGGAAAAAGUUAUAAAUAAACUUAAGAGUAAACGUGAAAGUAUCGACAGUAAAUCUAACGACAACUCAAACAAAGAUGACGACCCCCUUACAAUUGGUAAAAAAAGAGGUAGGAAACCUAUUAAAAAUAAUUUGCGGCUAAAAAAUGUUGCAUUUUCAAAUGAAAAUGAUAUGAUUAACCCCGAAAAAAGCGUUUUAACCCAUGAGACAGAACAAGAAAUCAAACUUGUAUCCCCUGUAAGUAUCUUUGGCCUAUCCUUAUCCCAAAAAUACACAGAAAAAAUGAAAUAUUGUCCCUAUAAUGGUUGCGACUCUAGUGGUCAUUUGAGUGGUAUAUAUGAAGCGCAUCAUACUCUGGCUGCAUGUCCUAGUUUUUAUGAGACUGAUAAGUGGGCUUGCAUUCGUCGGUGGAACACUCGGAUAAUUCCGUUACUUAAAAAGAUAACUGAAAGUGGGAGUGUGGAUGUGAAUUACUUUGAAAAUGUAGAUAAAGAUGCUAACGAUAUCGAUAACAAAGAUGUCACACAAUUCCAGAACAAGAAGUCACCAUCUCAAAUAUACAAGGGAUCUCCUAAUAAACAAAGCUCCAAAGAACGAUCAUUUUCCUUCGCCUCGACUUACCAAUCACUUAAUGCAUUAAACACCAAUUCUCCUGUCAUCAAAAAAUCGGAUAAUGGUAAUGAUAAAAAUAAGAAAAAUAUCAUUAACACGGGGGUUAAACCAAAUGAUAACUUGUCUAAGCAAAAUAAUUUGGAUGGCCUAUGUCUCGACAAUCCCGAUACCCAAAUAUUUUAUGACGUCAGAGCUAUCGUUGCAGCAAUACAAGAAAGCGAUUUAGAACCAUUCACCCCUCCUUUUUACAUCAAAAAGAUAGUUUUUGGAAGCGCGUGGCAAAUGAAUGGGUGGUACCCUUCUCCCUUUCCUUUGGAUAGAUUCGGUCGUACAGAUACAAUCUACUUUUGCGAAUUUUGUCUUAGUUUUCAAGAAUCCGAGAUAUCUUACCUCCGACACACAACAAAAUGUAAAAUAACUUACCCUCCCGGCGACGAAAUAUACAGAGAAGGGCCGAUUUCGGUUUUCGAAGUCGAUGGUCGAGCUCAAACUUCUUAUUGUCGUAAUUUAUGCUUGCUCUCAAAACUCUUUAUGGAAUCUAAAACUUUGUGUUACGAAGUACAACACUUUUGGUUCUACGUUAUGACACUGGCUGAUUGUACUGGCUGUUGUCACAUUGUCGGUUACUUUUCUAAAGAAAAACAAAAUUUUCAAAAGAAUACCGUUUCCUGCGUAUUGAUACUGCCGCAUUUUAUGAGGAAAGGAUUUGGAUGGAAAUUGAUCGAUUUUAGUUAUUUAUUAGCCCGAACGGAAGAUAAAAUAGGAUCGCCCGAGAGGCCUUUAUCAGACCACGGUUUAGUAACAUACAGAAGUUAUUGGAAUUCCAUUAUACUUAAUUACUUGUCGGGCAAAUGUCAAGACGAUAAAAUUUCCAUCAAAGAUUUAAGUCAAGAUUCCGGAAUUCAUACUGAUGACAUAAUAAGCACUUUACAAUUUUAUAGGUUACUAAAAUCAUGGAGAGGCAAUCAUAUUAUACUGAAAAAUGAAUUAGAAGAACUCAAAAAUCUAUCUAAACAAAUUUGGCGAAACUUACCUGGAAAAGUAGAUUCUAAAUUUUUACAUUGGAUUCCCAAAUGAAGGAAAU